UUCAUUCUGUAGUCCGACAGCAGUCAAACCCAGGUCAGAAAACUCCUCAACUACAGGCAGUAUGGUGUACCACGCAGAGUUUGAGAAGGCAGGGCAGCAGCCUGGACUGCAGGUGUGGAGAAUUGAGAACUUCGAUCUUGUUCCCGUACCCGAGAACCUGUAUGGUGGGUUCUACACCGGCGACGCCUAUUUGGUCCUAAAUACCAUCAAACAGCGAUCCGGCAACCUGCAGUACGAUCUCCACUUCUGGCUGGGCGAUUAUUGUACGCAGGAUGAAAGUGGAUCAGCCGCCAUAUUUACUGUACAGAUGGACGACUAUCUGGGUGGGAAACCCAUCCAGUACCGUGAGGUCCAGGGUCAUGAAUCUAAAACCUUUCUGGGCUACUUUAAGAAAGGUCUGCAGUACAUGAAAGGAGGAGUCGCUUCAGGCUUUAAGCACGUCGUCACCAACGAGGUGGUGAUGCAGCGUGUGCUCCAAGUCAAAGGUCGACGUGUUGUUAGAGCAACGGAGGUGCCAGUUAGCUGGGAUAGUUUUAACCGGGACGACUGUUUCAUCCUGGAUCUUGGCAACGAAAUCUACCAGUGGUGUGGAUCCAAGAGCAACCGCUUUGAAAAGCUGAAAGCCACUCAGCUGGCCAAAGCCAUCCGGGAUAACGAGCGCAGUGGAAGAGCCCGGGUCUACGUGUGUGAUGAAGGUGUGGAACGGGAAAAGAUGCUUGAGGUUCUAGGAGCAAAGCCUGACCUACCUGAAGGUGCCAGUGAUGACGUGGUAGCAGAUGCCUCCAACCGGAAACUGGCUAAACUCUACAAGGUUUCUGAUGCCAGUGGCACCAUGGCCAUGGCAUUGGUGGCCGAUGAGAACCCGUUCACCCAGGGUACCCUGGAGUCUACAGACUGCUUCAUUCUGGAUCAUGGGUCAGACGGAAAGAUCUUUGUAUGGAAAGGAAAGGACGCCAAUGUUGAAGAACGCAAGGCUGCCAUGAAAGCGGCGAACGGCUUCAUUGCAAAGAUGGGUUACCCGAAACACACCCAGGUUCAGAUCCUGCCCGAAAUGGGCGAGACGCCCCUGUUCAAGCAGUUCUUCAAGAACUGGCACGACGUGGACCAGACAGAGGGCAUGGGUACGGCAUAUGUAUCCAACCACAUUGCCAAGGUCGAGAAGGUGCCGUUCGAUGCCGCUACGCUGCACAACUCGACCGCUAUGGCGGCGCAGCACGGCAUGAUCGACGACGGCAGUGGAGAAAAACAGAUCUGGCGUAUUGAGGGAUCAGAUAAGGUUCCUGUUGACCUCUCAACAUAUGGACAGUUCUAUGGGGGAGACAGUUACAUCAUCCUUUAUAACUACAAACAUGGAGGCAGACAGGGACACAUCAUCUACAUUUGGCAGGGUCUGGACUCCUCACAGGAUGAAAUUGGAGCAUCGGCCAUCCUGGCUACGCAGCUAGACGAUGAGCUGGGCGGAGGACCUGUACAGGUGCGUGUGGUGCAGGGUAAGGAACCGGCACAUCUGAUGAGUCUGUUUGGAGGAAAACCCAUGGUGGUGUACAAGGGUGGUACGUCCAGAGACGGAGGCCAGACUGAACCCGCACAGACCCGACUGUUCCAAGUGCGCUCCAACUCGACCGGCUGCACUCGUGCGGUGGAGGUCGACGCUGUGUCUGGCAACCUGAAUUCUAACGACGCCUUCAUUCUGGUGACUCCAUCGGGCUCCUUUAUGUGGGUCGGUGUGGGUGCCAGUGACGCAGAGAAACAUGGAGCCCAGCAGCUGUGUGCCAUCCUCGGGGUGGCUGCAUCCGAAAUUCCAGAGGGAGGAGAGAGUGGUGAUUUCUGGGGGGCUCUGGGAGGAAAGACGGAGUAUCGUACCUCCACCAGGCUAAAGGAUAAGAUGGACACUCAUCCACCCAGACUGUUCGCCUGCUCCAACAAAACCGGACGCUUCAUUAUUGAGGAGGUACCUGGGGAGAUGACUCAGGAGGAUCUCGCCACUGAUGAUGUUAUGAUCCUGGACACCUGGGACCAGGUGUUUGUGUGGCUCGGUAAUGAGGCACAUGAGGAGGAAAAGACCGAGGCCAUGGCUUCAGCUGUGAAAUACAUCGAAACAGACCCUGCCAACCGCGACCGCCGCACGCCCAUCGUGAAGAUCAAGCAGGGCUCCGAGCCGCCCACAUUUACUGGUUGGUUCCUGGGCUGGGAUUACGACUACUGGACAUGCGACCCACUACAGCGCUGCUUAGCUGAACUUGAAAUUUAAACCCUCACCCCUAAGCUUUUGACGCCCUUUUGCCUUGGAAAACUCAGCCUUGGGCUGCAGUCACCAAAGUUUAUGUGUUUUCUUGCACUUUUAAUAUUAUAGCAAUAGUUAACUGGUCAGCAGUUACUUCUGGCAAUCGUAAAAAAAAAAGCAUUAUAUAUAUAAAUAUAAUAAGUUGCACCUAGAGAGCAUUAACAUUCAGCUUUACUCCUGUCUCACACGUGCUUCCUCUGAUGCACAUACAGCUUACAGAUGCUCUUUAUUGGCUGGACUUACUGUGACUGUUAAAUGCAAUCUAUCCUAUCGAUAAUGCAGGUUCAAUUUUGUUCUGUCAGAUACCUGACCAUUUAGAAAAAAACACAACAGACUGAAACACUGAUAUUUUAGUUGAUUAUAAACUGUCAAUAAACAUUAUAGCGUAAUUAUUAUAAAACCAGCUAAAUAAACUGGUAUUUUGAAACUGCAGUAUGUCAGCAGUGAAUAAUCUGAUGCUUGCAAGCAGCCUGUCAAUUCACAUUCAUGUCAUAGUUAAACCAUAACAUUUAAGUCCAAAAAACUGGGCCAGAUCAGAUGUGACGGCACUUAACUACAAAUAAAUACAUUCAUUUUUGUCAACUGCUUUAUCCUGGUCUGAGGGUCUGUAUCUACCAUUGAUCAUGUUACAAUAAAUCAGGAUAAAAGUGACUGUUAAAUCCACAACCAUGAAUCUAUGAUAAACAGGAUUGCCUUGAAUUCUUUCACUGUGUGUUUUAUAUAGAUUAUUAUUGUUAUUUAAAAAACGUAUAUUUGUUCAAGUACAUGUAAUAUGCUGCAAUUCCUGACUUACAGUAGGUGUUCACUUACACUUUUGCCUUGUUGCAUGCCGUUCGUUUCAAUGAUGAGCUCUUAUCCGCACACUUGCAUGUUAGUUGUGGUGUGGAGGUCAUGAGUUUAUCCAUCAGAUGUUCUUCAUUUAAUCAGAAAAAGCAAUCAGAAAACUGCAAGUUAACAUGUACUGUAAGGCGCUACCAAAACAGUUCAUCCUUGUUCCUUUCGCGUGGUUGCUUCUAGAUGUGUUUUUGCAUUUUUUAUCUGAGUAACUAGUACCUCAAAAUUUGAAAUAUGCGUAAUGCAAUCAACAUUCAAAAUUCAUUGUUCUCCACCAUGUUGCUGUUAAACUUGAUGUUAGUGGAUUUGGGGUAUGGGUAUCACAGUCUUUAAAAUGCAACGGUCAUGUCUACUUUCUCCAAACUGCCUUUUAUUAUCAUAUGCACAGCAGCAAAUGUCUGCUUAGUCUCUUUCUCUCUCUCUGGUGUUUUUGUAAUUGCUCUGAUUGCUUUUUUUUAUUUAAGCUCUUUUUCUUUUGUUUUUCAAAAUAAAGCCUU